AAAUACACCGCCGUUGGUCGUACAUGAGGUUGGCGGGCUGUAGGUUUUAAGUGUCGGAUGUCUUUUCUUUAAAUUACAUUGCUACUGAGCUGGUUAAGAAAACGUCACUACGCAGUGCAGUGUCACGCGGAUUUACUUUUCAUUCGGAUACGGUCACAGUAGUUGCCCAGCCAUGCCGUCCAGCGCUGGACCCAGCAGCCCCGCCGCUGCGCUCGCUGAGGCGCUGGAUAACUCUGCCCGGCUGAUAGACAAACACCUGCAGGAGGACCGCUGCUUUCCUGAGCUGUCGGAGCUGCUCGGUGUUCCCUCACACAAUAUGCCGUCCCUCUCUGGAGUGUCGGACAUGGACUACCCCCUCCAAGGACCAGGUUUACUGAGUGUGCCAAACCUCCCGGAGCUUAGUGCAGUCCGCCGAGUCCCUCUGCCACCUGAGCUGGUGGAGCAGUUCAGCCAUAUGCAAUGUAACUGCAUGAUGGGAGUUUUCCCCGAGAUCUGUCGAGCCUGGCUUACGAUUGACAAUGACAUUUUCAUGUGGAAUUAUGAAGAUGGAGGAGACGUGGCCUAUUUUGAUGGCCUUAUUGAAACCAUUCUUGCAGUGGGACUAGUAAAACCAAAACAAGGUAUUUUACAACCACACAUUCACUACCUCUUAGUACUGGCCACCUCUGUGGAUGUAGUGAUCCUCGGGUUGAGCUUCCCCAAGAGCCAGGCUGGACUGAACGACAGCAUGUCUGGUGGGAUGCAGCUGCUACCAGACCCCCUCUUCUCAAUUCCCACAGACAACACCUAUAUCCUCUCCAUCACCUCCACAGACCUCGGUCGCAUCUUUAUGGCAGGAAAGGACGGGUGCCUCUAUGAGAUAGCUUACCAGGCAGAGGCUGGCUGGCUGAGUCAGCGCUGCAGAAAAAUCAACCACUCCAAAAGCUCCCUGUCCUUCCUCGUCCCCUCUGUCCUCCAGUUCUCCUUUUCUGAAGAUGACCCCAUUGUGCAGAUUGCCAUCGACAACUCCCGCAACACACUAUUCACACGGUCCGAGAAGGGUGUCCUGCAGGUGUAUGACCUGGGUGCUGAUGGGCAGGGCAUGAGUCGGGUGGGAACCUUGUCUCAAAGCUCCAUUGUUGCGGCUGCUGGAAACAUAGCCAGGACAAUUGACCGUUCUGUCUUCAAACCCAUGGUCCAAAUCUCUGUGAUUGAUAGAUCAGAGUCCUCGGACUGUCACCUUCUUGCAGUUACUCAUGCAGGUGUGCGUCUCUACUUCAGCACCACACCUUUUGCCCUUCCACACCAGAGGCACAUAGCAGUUCGACCCAGUCUGCUAGCUUUGGUUCAUGUUCGUCUGCCACCGGGGUUUUCUGCAUCUUCUACUCUACAAAAACCUGCAAAGGUCCAUAAGGCACUUCAUAGCAAAGGAGUUCUGCUAAUGGCUGCAUCCGAGUCAGAGGACAGUGACAUUCUGUGGUGCAUCAAUCAUGACUCUUUUCCCUUCAAGAAGCCAUUGAUGGAGACACAGAUGAUGUCUAACAUUGAUGGGCACUCCUGGGCUCUUUGUGCUCUGAAUGAAGAAAGGCCAUUCAAGAUUUGCACUCCUCUUAAUAUGGAACAGAUUCCCAUCACUGAUACACCAGUGGUGGUACAGCAGCACAAUAAUCCUGCUCAGAAGUUUGUCCUUCUCUCUGCAAAGGGGAGUCAUAUCUUUCAAAAACUGCGGCCUGUAGAUCAGCUCCGUCAUCUUCUGGUGAGCUGCUCUGGAGGAGAAAGUGAAGAGAUUGAACGCUUCUUUAAGCUGCACAGGGAGGAGCAGGCUUGUGCCACAGCACUGAUCCUGGCGUGUUCCAGGGCAGCUUGUGACAGAGAGGUUUCACAGUGGGCCACCAGAGGAUUCUUCAGAUAUGGAGGAGAAGCACAGAUGAGAUUCCCUGCAGCAAUGACAGCUCCCAGUAAUGUUGGACCGGUGAUGAGCUCUCCUGCACCUGGCAUCAUUCCCCCAGCUCUGGCCACACCUUUCACACCAAUGCAUUCUGUGUCGACUCCUAUCACAUCCAUGUCAGCUGGCCCAGAGGUGAUUUUCUCGGGGAAACACAAUGGCAUCAGCAUCUACUUUGCUCGCAUUCUUGGAAACAUUUGGGAUGGGAGCCUUGCUUCUGAGAAAACCAUAAACAAAGGAACUCAGACUGUCACUAUUUUGGAAAGCAGUGUUGCAUCAUUUGAUCUGGAGUCAGUCCUUCUGGAGCUCUCUGGACUGAGGGAGUUUCUUGAUAAAAACUCUCAGUUUAGUCCGUCCUCUCUUGGGGCUGCAAGUUUUACCUCCCCUGCCAACCUGCAGCAAAGGCUGCUGGGAUUCAUGCGUCCAGAUGGAGCCAACUCUCAGCAGGUCCAGCAGGAGCUCCAGAGGAAAUAUCACACAAAUGCACAGGUCUAUGAGAAAGCAUCACUGCAGGGCAUCCAGCAGUUGGUGCAUCGCUCCUAUCAGACUCUGGCGCUCUGGAAACUUCUCUGUGAUCAUCAGUUCAGCCUCAUUAUGUCUGAACUGCCAAAGGAGUUUCAAGAACAGAUGAAGGGAGCGAGCUUCAAGGAUAUCGUGAUUCGGGGUAAAGAGCUGUCUGGAGCGCUCAUCACGGCGCUCAUUAAUGUCUACAUCAAAGACAAUGCUCCCGUGGAUGCAAUCAGCAAUCACCUGAGAGACAUUUGUCCCCUGCUGUACAGCAGUGACGACAGCAUUUGCUCUAAGGCUAAUGAGUUGCUGCAGAGCUCUAAGCAGGUCCAGAGUAAGGCAGAUAAAGAGAAAACACUGAGAGAGUCUCUACGUCUCUAUCAGCAGAUCAGUCAGCACACUGACCUGCCACUCGUCUGCUCACAGUACAGACAAGUGCGUUUCUAUGAGGGAGUCCUUGAGCUGUGCCUCACAGCAGCAGACAAGAAGGAUCCACAGAGAUUGGGGCCCCACUUCUACAAGAAUGGAGAGCCUGAAGAGGACAGGGUGGGACAACAGGCCUUCCAGGAAAGACUUUACUGUUAUAAGUGCAUCACAGACACCAUGCAGGAGCUGGUUAACCAGAGCAAAGCUGCCCCUCAGUCCCCCAGCGUCCCAAAGCAACCUGGUCCACCCGUCAUGACUUCUGACCCCAACAUGCUCAGUAAUGAAGAAGCUACAGCCCAUUUUGAGCAGAUGCUCGGUCUUGCACAGAGGUCUCAGGACGAGCUAUUCCACAUUGCUCUGUACAACUGGCUGAUUCAGGCUGACCUGUCUGACAAACUGUUAGAGGUGAACUCUCCAUACCUGGAAGAGCACCUAAUGCACAUGAUAAAGCAGGACCAGAGUAAGGUGCACAACAUGGACCUGUUGUGGCGCUACUAUGAGAAGAGCCGUAACUUUGGCAAGGCAGCGCACGUCCUGGCCCUCCUCGCUGACAUGCACAGCACGGAGAUCUCUCUAAGGCAACGUUUGGAGUAUCUCGCUCGAGCCAUCCUGUCUGCAAAGAGUUCCUCCGGCAUCUCGGCUCAGGCCUCGGAUGGAGAGUUCCUUCACGAGCUGGAAGAAAAGAUGGAGCUGGUGCGAAUCCAAGUGCAGAUUCAGGAGACCCUAAUCAGACAGUCCUUCCAUCAUCCCUCAGUGAAAAAUGUCAUCUCUCAGUUGGAUUCAGAGCUCAUGGACAUCACAAAGCUUUAUGGGGAAUUUGCCGACCAUUUCAAAUUGUCUGAGUGCAAGCUGGCCAUCAUUCACUGUGCUGGACACUCUGACCCUAUCCUGGUGCAGUCUCUGUGGCAGGAAAUCAUGGAAAAAGAACUGGGAGACAGCGUGGCCAUGACUCCAGCAGACAGGAUGAGGUCGCUCAGUUUGAAACUGGUAUCGCUGGGAAAGAUUUAUGCUGGAACGCCAAGAUUUUUUCCUCUGGAGUUCCUGGUUAAGUUUCUGGAACAGGAAGUCUGUCACCUCAACUGGGACGUUGGAUUUGUCGCCUGCACCAUGCAGGAGAUUGGAGUCCAGUUGCCACGUCUUCUGGAAGUCUAUGACCAACUCUUCAAAACACGGGAUCCCUGCUGGCAGCGGCUGAAGAAACCUCUCCACCUGGUGGAGUGCAUCCACGUGCUCCUCUCAGGAUAUGUGGACGAUCCCAGUAGAGUACCAACCUAUGACAGACGCCGAUUCACUAACGUGUGUCUCGACAACAUCUGCGGGUACUUGGUGGAGCUGCAGUCCCUCAGCCCAAACUCUGCCCUCCAACAAACCAUCGGCAACUUCAAGUCCCUGCAGGCGAAGCUGGAGAAACUCCACUGACAUCACUAACGACUCUCUGGUAUCAUUCAAGACAAAAGGACAGGUGACCCUCGGGAUCUCACGCCGUUGGCCUUAAUGUGCAACACUCGAUUUAAAAAAACAAAACAAAAACAUGGGUUAUCAGCACACGUAACAUGAUGUUUUCUCCUUCUCUUCAGUUGGAUGUGUUAGAGCUUGUUAAGGUACAGUGGAAGCAGGAAAAGAUGGAGCAGAAUGACAAAAACACAUUUUAUAACUUAUUUAAUGCAAUUUGUAUUCGUACAACUCUGGAAAGGAAGAUGCUGUGUUGCCGUUAUUUGCAUUGUGCGCGAAUAGCGUCGUGUGGUAUUACAUGAAAACAUUACCAUUAAUUCAGAAUCUUACAGAUUAGUUUUUGUUUCACUUAAUGAAAAUUAAUUUGGAAUAUUUCAAUAUAUUUGACAUAGGCAAACAUACUGGUAUAAGUAUUUUCAAAUAAUACUUUUUUCUUUGGCAUAAUACCCCCAAACAACUUCUGUUCUAAAUGUCUGAAUGUAAUUAUGUAAAUAACGUGGCCAUAAUGUCGUCCGUUCUGCCAAAACAUCACUCGCACACAAACAUAAUUUUCAUGUGUAUUAUUUACGGUGAGCAUUUUUGUCUGAUGCAUUGAACUGUGCUGUUGUGAGUGUGUGAGUGCUUUUGUAUUGAAUGUAGAACAAGUUUUUAAACACGGUGCAGUUUCUCGGCGCUACACUGGAAAAACUCUGGCCUGCGUUUGAGAGGGAGGAAAAAAAAGAUAAAAAAAAAUGUUUUUAAAAAAAGAAAUAAAAGUUGUCAUUGCUUUUGUGGAUGAGGAUGUAUCGAUAACACUAUAUAGCAACUACAACAACCUCUCAUUCUUGGCUGUACGUUUGUUUCGUUUUUAUAAAUAAUUUCAGCAGAAAGGAGGAUUCGGGGUACCGAGUGUUGGUAAUGUGACACUGCGGGGGGGGUCCAGUAAUGAACUCAACUGCCGUCACUGUUUGCGUUUACAUAAUUAUCUUUUAAUCUGCAAACAGCACUCGGGUUUCUCACAUUCAUUAGCAACAAUACAGUAAUUGCUUGAGGGCCUUUUCUCCAAUUAACUGUGCGCAGUACCCAACAAUUAUGUUUAAUUUCUAGCCUCAUGAAAAAUAAAAUAAUUCCUGCUUUGA